UAUGACAAACGCGUCUCUUGAAACCGGCUUCAGGGGCGGAAAUUUCAAGACGUUUGGUUCCGCUCCGAUCGAGUGGAGUGAUCGGGGGAGUCUACUUUUUAAAGGACCUCCUGGAAUGGACCCUUCGAUCCAACACGGGAGACCCCGUUGUGUCUUUUCGGGUGUGGGUUCCCUGAAACUUUUCCGUGUUCUAACGUGACAAAAGACAGCGACAGACUUCAGCAACAUUAUUUAAACGCGGCCGUUGCGAGCGGCUCGACACAUCCUGUGAGGAAAAAUAUGGCCGCAAGUGUGUUUUUCCUGAGACAGUGGUGGCGGGCACCAGACGCGGCCUUAUCUGGCCCAGAGGGGAGGAUGUGGUCAGCCCUGGGGGGGGAGCUUUUGUUGACGGCCUGACUGCUUGCUACCGGCGUAGUUGCGGGAUGGAGCCCAUUGUUACCGCAGGGCUCGCAAACCUCACUCCCCUCGGGGUGGGGUAUAAGAACAGCACCGCGACGUACUUUGUAGACAUUAUUUGGACCCGACUUCGCCGACCGAGCAGCGAUGAAUUCUUGCCAGGACGACCAGACUGACUUGGAGGUGAUUUUAGAAUUCCUGGAGGAGUACCACAGGCAAAACUCAGAGAACAAUGGCGUGCAGGAGGAUGCAACCAGUGUGGGCGACGACGCUUGGGAGCAAUGCUGGAGGCCUUGUGAGCAACCUAGCAUCCCAGGUGGCCCUCAGGGGGCCCCGUGCGAGGCCCCCGCUACCUCGGUGACGACGAGACAAUUAAGCAAACAUCAGGACACGGCGGCCGGCGGCGGUCGAAAAGUUCGCCUGUUUCACUUCAUCUUCGAGAUGCUGGAGGACCCCGCCAUGGCCCACUGCGUUUCCUGGGUGCCGUCGUCCUCGGGCGUCUUCCGCUUCUCCGCCCACAACAAGGACCAGUUGGCGGCGCUGUGGGGCCAGAGGAAAGGCAACAAGCGGCCGAUGACGUACCAGAAGAUGUCGCGCGCCCUGAGGAACUACGCCCGCUCGGGCGAGAUCUUCAAGGUGAAGAAGAAGCUCACGUACCAAUUCAGCGAGCGCACCCUGAUGCUGCUGCACAAGCGUCACACCGGAGAUCCGUAAUGGAAACCGCAGCUGGACACUCACCGGAGUUAAAUGUUUACAUGUCCAAAACACUUUGAUUGUAACCAAAAAUAAACUUUUUACAUCAAAACCAUGCCUGCACUGUAUGCGCCAUCUCCAUUAAAGACAACAUUUUUCUUACCGCAACCACAAGGUGUCACUCGAGUUCAUCCCCAACAAGCCGACA